GUCUAAGACCGAGAGUGGUUUGUGUAAAAUGAGGUUAGUUUUUUACGCAUAACUCUGAUAAAAUUUUAUUCCAAAAUGAACUUGCAAACUAUAAAUUAUGAAUUGAGAUGGACUAAUCCAAAUAAUUUAGGUAUUCCAUGAUAUCUAUUUUGCUUUUUAUCUACUCCAAAACAAUAACUAAAUUGUGUUUGCUCAGUUAAGUCUAGAACUUGAAUUUAGGCCUAAACACUACACCAGUCUAGGGUUUAAAAUCACGUUGUUUCAAGUCCUGGACUUAACAAUUUUUGAUAAAUCCUUGACUCGGAAAGAGGCGAGAAUCUAAUUUAAGUCUUGGACUUAUAAGACCUUUACUCAGAAAGCAAAAUUAUAAAUUUCAGGGUCAAACCACAGAAUAGGUAUAACAUGAUCUCUAAACUCCUGAGCCUAUUUAGUCCUCAACCUCAACUACGUUAACGCUCUGAAUUAUUGGAAAGCCAAUUUUCUGACUUCAGAGAUUAAAGCCAGUUAAAGUCUAAUAGAACUUAGCUAGAUCCCGAGCUCGGAAACCGGCCCAUAGUGUAAUAUUCAUCCUUGUUGAAGAUAUAUUGAGCUGUUCAGCUUAUUUUCACUGACUCUGUAUAAAUAAUAAUUCUCACUUGAGAUACAGUUCUCAAAUAAUUGAUAGUAAUCUACUCUAAAUUCGAGUAAUUGUAGCCUCAAAUUUUUCUUCAGCCUACGCUGAGAAAGAAAGUCAUUAAUAGGCAAAUGGCUGUUGGCAAAACUGCAACAAGUGCCGACCUGAUCAAGAAUUUUAAGGCUGACGUUCAAGGUUGUUGAUCACGAAGACACUGGAAUGAAAAGAAGAAAGAGAACAGAAAAAAUUAAUAAUGGCUGAUAGCAUGAUGUUUUGGAAAUGUGAAUCUAUUGUUGCUCUCUGCUAAAAAUAUUGCUGCAAUGCCGCAAUUGUCGCAAUUUGCAGGAUGGGAGGAUGCAUGGGAAUAAAUAGAAAUAGGAGUGGUGGAGUUGAUAGUUCUGCAGAGAAUGUAUCGCGACCAAAUUCUGGGAGUACAAGAAAAAAUCACCCUUUGUGCCAUGAAACUAUACGCUGGAAGUCUGAUGUGCCAUUGACAGAAGGUCAAUUACGAAGUAAAAGAGAUGAGUUUUGGGAUACUGCUCCUGCUUUUGAGGGCAGAAAAGAGAUUUGGGAUGCACUUCGUGCCGCUGCGGUAGCAUCUGAGUCACUCGACUUCCAGCUUGCUCAAGCUAUUUUAGAUGGAGCAAACAUAUCAGUUCCUAAUGGUUUCUUGACAGAGUGCUAUGAUGAACUAGGGACACGUUAUCAGGUGCCUGUAUACUGCCUCUCUUAUCCAAUUAAUAUUGUUAAAGAAGAUAACGGUAGAGAGUCACCGGCAGAAAGUUUAGAAGCUGGAGAGGGAGGUACAGAAAUAGUACUUAAACUCCGUCUUUCAUCGAACUGCCAAGAUGUCAAACUACCUGUCUAUACAAAUGAUACAAUCGGGACUGCUAAGAAGAAAUUACAGAGCCAAGAGGGGCUGGAGCCUUCACGUCAAAGGUGGUUUUUCGGAGGAAAGUUGUUAGGAGACAAAUUGCACAUCGAUGAAGCCAAGGUGAUGCCUGGCUAUGUGAUACAAGUUAUCGUCAAUCCUGAACAAAUGUCUCGCAUCGACAGUUGAAUAUAUUAUAGAAUUAUUAUUAAUCAUGUUAUCAAUUAUAUUAAUUAUAAAGUUGUAUAUUUUAAAUAUGGAAUUUGUUUAUCAUUGUUUAGUAUAAUUAUGUAUCCAGAAUAUUUUGCUGUUGUCUUUCGAGCCACUCGUCAGAUUUGGUUUUGGAUUAUUUCAGGCUGGUUAUGCUACAAACAUUUUAUAGAAUCGAAAUCAAGAGACUAAUAUAAUUAUGUAUAGUUUACUUAUAGGCUUGGCAUACUGUUCUUAUAAUAAUUAUCAUGUCUUACAUCACAUGUUGUAAAUGAACCGUUGUUGGCAAUUAUUAUUUUUAAUUUUUAGAUUUUAACUUAUCUGAAUAUUCAUAUCAUAUUCUUUUUAUGAAUCGGGUAAUUUAUAAUCGUUUUUAUUGUUAUUCUUUACCAGUCUCAACGCAAAGUGAUUUUUCACAUUCAAUACUCAACAUCGGAAGUCAGGAGACAUUCAAGUGAAUUAUUCAAGUCUUCAAGCUAAUUGGAAUUGAUAUGUCAUAUUAUACAUAAUUUGAUUUUGGAGACUUAUCUUGUUACAUUGUGUGAUUAUACUCAAAACGUUAGCCAUAAAGAAUGUAAUAUGAACCAUUUAUAAUAUGAUUGGACAAUAUACAUAAUAUUAUAGAUGAAUGUUUGGUACAAAUGCUAGAAUUUCAACUUUUUAAUAUUAGUAUAUGAUGAUAUUGAAAUACCACAAUAAUUGGUCCUGGAAGUAAAUACUGUAAUUGGAGAAUGUAUUUUUUAUAGCUUUAAAAUGUAAAAUAUACAAUUUCGCUUUUUUGUAUGAUUUAUACAGGUUGAACAAUAUUGUAAUUAGACAGUUUUCAGUGUAUUGAAAAAUCAUAGUAAUAAUAUAAUUUUGAAAAUUUAUUUGUUUUAUCGAUAGGUUAUACAAUUUUGUAUUGAUUUGAAUCGAGUACUUUUAUAAAGUUAUAAGAAUUAACAAUAAACUCGGAUAAUAUGUGA